AUGGCAGCCAGUGGCGGCAGUGAGCGGCGCCCUAGACGAGGGCCCGCACCCAUCGCUUCGUUUGAUCACGACGUGUCUGACGAGUCGAGUCCAGAAACAAAACAAACAUUCCGACUCCCUGAGAUCCGCGAGGAUGCCGGAGGCGGCCUCGCUCCGCCCGAGCAGCGUGCGCGCUCGCACUCGUCACCGGCCGUGGGACUGCAGGCGCCUGCCGCGCCGCGAAUUGACAUCUCUCGCGCCUCCAGCUCUAGUCACCACGACUCCCGCGACAGCUCACCCGAAUUGGCACUCUUCGUCGGUGCUGGCUCCGGCGAGGAGAGUCGUGCGAAGUUGGAGCUCGGUUUCCGGGAAGACGGAGCCCUCGAUUUGCGCUCUUCUACUGAGGAACUCGCUUUUCUAGAGAACAUACCCGUUAAUGGAGAAGCUCGAGCACCACUCACCGCCCCUUCGUCGCGGAGACAUUCUCGAAAAGAUAGUCAAGGUUCGGAGACUGCGCUGUUGGCGGUCUCAGGACGAACGAGCCGACUCUCUAGUGUUGGCUCUCAGUGCUCCGCCCAUUCGGCUGUGUCGGGAUUCAGUCAUACAAGUCGGGUUUCAAGACUGUCAGUUGUGUCUGGCAUGUCGCGUUCGCCGUCACCUCACAAGAUGUUACUAGAGACUUCGUUCUGUGGGCCAAAGCCGAUAGAAACGGAUCCUGAAAUUUGUGCAGCCGUAGUCGAAGAAAGACUGCUAGAAAUAGCUAAGUUAUCAAGCGAAGCGACAUUGUCGGCGCCUCCUGUAGAUGCGCGCGACCGAAGAGAAAUUCGGACAGAAGUUACACUGGAGAGCUCCAGCUUUCGAGCUACGACGUUGACUAAAGCAGUUUCUCAUGUCCCGUCGGCACCAGAACAAACCCAAAAAUCUGUAACAGUGCCUGUACCGUCAUUGGCUUCUACUACGGAGACGAUGACAGAAACAAUAUCUGCAGCAAUACAUCCCCUUAUCACGGUACCAGCUGAUGAAGAAAAGAGGUUAAAAGAGACGCGGAACCGUGCUCGCGUAGAAGAGCGUAAAGCGAGAUCCAAGGAAAGCCGACAUCAAGCAGAGCCAGAGGUCUAUAAAACUUCUAAUAGAUCAAAAGAUAUUAUUCGUAUCAGACUCAAACCAGAUGACGAAUAUGACGAAGUUGACGAGGAAAGUGACCGUACGUUAAUAGGCAUAGAGCCUGUUCGAAAACCGGCUACUUUGGAAUUAAACGAUAAUAGCGCGCUAAUAUCUCAACCAGCAAGUGGCUCGGACUUACUGGUCAUCACCCCACAGACGACGCCCAGGCGCCGCGACAGCCGCACGCCUUCUCCUAGCGGUGUGGCCGUAUCACGCAAAUCUUCGUUUUGUUCUUUAUUCAAAUCAAAAGAGACCAUAGCUUCCCCAGAUUCACCAGAUGCACUUAAACGAAAGAAAAGUCUAAACGAAGGCCGUUCUCGCAGUAAGAGCAGAGAUCGCUCCGUCACACCUACGUCAACGGGGAAAUUAAAAGGUUCCGUAUUAUCGCUAUUUAAAACACCGCGAAAGAGCGCGACGUCACCGUCGGCGAGUUCAAGAGAUGCCUCGCCGGUGGUGCAAUCGCAGCGACAAUUUCCUCAAGGGCCAUCUGAUCACCAACGGGGGGAAAAACUUAAAUAUUAUGAGGAAUCUAAGGAAGGUAUUAUUCACAUUCCUUUGCACACACCACCCGACGAGUUGGACAGCGUGAGCGACAAAACGGAACUCAAGACGCACGAGGUUCCUCGCCCUUCCUCAGCCCCGCAAAUCAGGUCGACAUCGGUAACUCCCGUAUCUUCCGCCUCCUCAACUAAACCUGCACAGCGAACGGUAUUACCCGACGGUAGCAUUAUUAUUCCGUUACAUUCUCCCACAGAGAAAACGUCAAAUGCAUCGAUCCCAUCUGAAUUAUCGAAAACAGUUCAUAAUAGUAUAGUAAAAGAGGACCAAAUCUUACGCGAAACAAAAGUUCUAAACGAUAAUUCAUCGAUCAAUAAGAAUCAACAUUUCCCCGACGACACGGCGUCCAUCCCGGUGGACCCGCUCAAGGCGAAACGUAGAGAUCGCCUAACGUUCACGACGCACGUCGGAAGCCGGGAACAAGUAUUCAGCACUCAGUUCAGUAUAACAAAAACACCAAGCAUCACGAGCGAAAUAUCGGGCUCCAUCCCGAGUUUUCCGGAGAGCGAGGACGUCAGGAUUGCACAAACGGAACAGGAGCCGGACGCGCCGGUCAUCGAAAACAACAUAAACUUAGGUCGCGCUUCGGCCGACCGCAGAGUUGACGAGUCGCUCGGCGAAGUGGAGAGUCUCGAAUACCCGACACAGAGCCUCGAAGGAUCGGGACCGGGAACUCCGCAAGAUCCCGGACGCGAUUCAUCGGAAUCGGAGGCCGGAUCGGACGCUGUCACACGCGGCGGAAGCGAUGCGGAGCGGCGUGGUCUCGUCGUUCAGGAGUCAUUUGAGGAGUUGCCGUACGUGCCGACCACUCUGCCGCAAGAGCGCUCUUUGGCCGUGCCCAUCGUGCCGGUGCGCGAACGCGGAGGGGUAAGCGUGGCGGGCGUGCGACGACCGCGUGCCUCGAGGGCGACCAACGCUCCCCCCUCGGCUCCGCUGCCGACCAACGCUCCACCACCGACAUCGCUGGAACCCGCUCCGCCCUCCGCCCCACCCGUCGUCCCGCGCCUUCACAUCCGUCUGCCUCGACGCCCGAGGGCCGCCUCGACCUCGGCAGCACCGCCCCGCCUCGAGAGACCGCGAACUCGCAGCGGGAGUGAGGUGGGAUCGUCACGCAAAGGAGAGUGGAUUGAUUUCUCGGAGGUGCCGGAGAGACGGAAGCAGCCCAAACGCAUCCAGACACUGCCGGCGGAAGGUCGCGAAGCGCUGAGCUACGCGCCGCCUGAACGAUGCCGCUGCGAGUGCCACGCCAACCCUUCGCCGCUACCCGCCGACGCACAACUCUUCACACUCGAGUCGGCCGAGGAAGAGCCGCAGAGAGGAGCCGCGCCCUUCACCGCCGACUUGGACCUCCACAACCGCGGCGAUAGCGCGAGUCUUCCGACGACCGAGAGAUAA